CAGGCUUAAAUGAAGCUGAAGUGAUCAAUAAUUUCUUGUCCUCGCUACGAGUGAUAUAUGAUGAAAUGGCAGUAGAAAGUUGGACUGAUUUAGACAACCAUUUCUACCCUCUCUUUGAAACCAUCUCUACAAUCUGGGCUGAAUCAAAAUUUUACAGCACUUCCUAUCGGAUGAAAGUUCUCUUGAAAGAAACAUGCAACCUGAUCAUUAAUUUGGCAAGAAGUUACCUGGAACCAACUGAGUUGUUUAAAGGAGAGGCUGAUGAAGAUAUGUGGAAAGUGGUUGACACAGAAAAGAUUUUAAGAAGUUUUAAGGAAGCAUAUCUGUAUGCUGAAGAGUUGGUGCCAACGUAUUUUCCAGAAGACAAAGAACCUGAUUUGUGGCAGUUCAGUUCAGAUGAAGUCUUUGAAAAAUUAGACAAAUUUUUCCACAGGAUCCUGUUAUUGAAGAAACUUUUGGAAACAUUCACUGAAUUCAAUAAACUUGAAAAAAUUGUUAUAGGUGGUCUUAAUGGCAAGAGCCUUACAAAGCAAGUUGAAGACAUUUUUACAGAAUUCAAGAUUGAGUACAAAGUAUUCCAGGAUAAGAAUUAUGAUACCUCGGAUUGGAAUGAUCAGGAAUUUAUGGAUGACUAUAAUGCAUUCCGGAAAAAAAUUUCUGAAUUUGAUCAUCGCCUUGCAACAAUUAUUUGCAGAGCCUUUGAUGAAUGUGGUGAACUUGAUGCAUAUUUCAAGAUUAUAGAAAUGAUGAUUAAUCUCUUGGAACGGCCUUUGAUUAAGAAUUUAUUUGAUUGUAAAUACAAAUCAAUAACUGAAUUUAUGAAUAAAGAACUUGAUACCCUGGACAUCAUGUACAAAAAGCAAAUGAAGUACUACAAUGGAAAACAAGGAAUUAUCCUCCCAAAGUUUAUGCCAAAAGUAUCUGGAAGUUUAAAAUGGGCUGAACAGAUGAAGAGAAGGAUAACAUACUUCAUAGCUAAGUUUAAAAGUCUUCAUCACAACUGUGUUGAAAAUGAAGAGGCAAAAGUUAUUUAUGAAAGAUAUGAAAACAUGAUAAGCCGGCUAACUGCAUUUGAAAAACAGUGCUUUGAGAAAUGGGCAAGCAAUGUUGAUAAAAUCUGUGAAUUCAACCUGGAACAGCCUUUAAUAACAAGAGAUUAUACAAACAAGUUAGUUGCAGUUAACUUUGACCUGGAGCUUACUGCUGUCCUAAAAGAGGUGAAAUACAUGGAGAUUAGAGGUAUUUCAAAUAUCCCUGACAGCAGCAAUGAAUUAUAUGCCAGAAGAGAUGAUUUCUAUCGGUAUGUAACAAACCUUGACCAAACGGUAUUUUGGUACAAUGAUAUUCGUACAUCAGCCCUUACUGUGGAAUUUCCUCUUAUUGUCAACCAACUUGGCAUAAUUGAUGAGCAGCUUCAUCAAGCUGAAAAGCAAAUGAACUGGAAUAGUGAAGGUAUCUGGGAGUAUAUAGAAGAAACAAAGAAUACAAUUUAUAAGUUAUACAUUAGCCUCAAAAUGUCAAAGGAAAAUGUACAAACAAUUGAAGUAUUGAUGUCCACAUGGAAUAAGCUACCAUUGUUUGAACGUAAAGAUGAGAAAAAUGGACUCUUGCUCAAUUUGGAUGACAGAAUAGAUCGUCUAGCAAAGCGCUCAGCAGAAAUUACUAAAAAUGGGCAACUAAUUCAUGAACUUGUACAGAAAAAUAUAGAAAACUUUCAAGCAGAUCCUGAUUCAGUUGAGUGGAAAGCAUAUGUUGACUAUGUUGAUCAGAAAGUUGCUGUGGGAUUUUUUGCCCUCAUUGGGACAAGUCUCAAUUUUUUUCUGAAUAACACAGACCCUCUAGAAACAACUGAUCCACUAUUUGAAGUGAAACUGGAGCUAAAUAUUCCCGAAAUGCAGUUUUCUCCGUCACUGAAUAUUCAAAACCCAGAUGGAUUCUGGGACCUUGUUGAAGGACUCAUGGAUGAUAUAUACUCACAAGCAUCAGGCAUACAACGGCUUGCAAAGCAUAAUAAUGUACAUAAUUAUGAGCCUGAUCUUGAAAUAAAUGAUGAAAUAGCUACAAUGAGAGAAACUGUUAUGGCAAGAGUUGAUAGUGUGAUAAACCAAGCUAUGGAAUACAGUAAUACAUUUGAGAAAUAUUCAUAUUUGUGGAAAAGAGAUAGGAGUGAAUUUAUGCAACAAUUCCUUCUUUAUGGUGAAGUCUUAAUUGCACAAGCUACUAAGACUGUAAUUGAGCAAGAUGCACCUAAAAAACCCCCAACACUUCAACAUUUUAAAGAACAGAUUGAUACAUUUGAACUGGUUUAUGAAGAGGCUAAAGGUAUAAAAAAGAUCAUGAUUUUUGACAAUUGGUUCCGUGUAGAUAUACGACCGUUCAAGUAUGGCUUACUUAACAUCAUUAAGAAGUGGAGUUUUAUGUUUAAACAAUAUUUGAUUGACCAUGUGAUAAAUAGUCUAAAUGAACUUGAAGAAUUUAUUGAGGUUGCUGAUGAAGGCUUGGGUAAAACUGUUGAAGAGGGUGACUAUGACCAGUUAGUGGCAGUUAUGGAACAACUGAAUGCUGUCCAUAAACGACAAGAUGAUACUGACAUGAUGUUUGAACCUUUGAAGGAAACAAUAGAGCUACUGAAGACCUAUGAUCAGGAAAUGCCUGAAAGUGUUCAUCAACAAAUUGAGAAACUUCCUGAUAAAUGGAACAACACCAAGAAGACUGCUAUCACUGUCAAACAGUAUGUAGCUCCUUUACAAGCUGCGGAAGUCAAUAAUGUUCGUAAGAAGACUGCAAUAUUUGAUGCUAAGCAAAUAAAAUAUCGGGAAUCCUUCUGCACUUUGGAACCAUUUUACUAUAAAUGUGAAAAUGCUUAUGAUAUACUGGAUGCUACUCAUGUGGAAAUAUACACUAUGGAAAAAGAAAUGGAAAGUCUUCAGAUAUCUGCUGCUCUAUUUGAAGUAAACAUUCCCGACUUCAAACAACUGAAGCAAUGCCGCAGGGAUCUACGUUUGCUGAAGCAUCUUUGGGAUUAUAUUGAAAUUGUGUGUUCCUGUAUUUCAGAGUGGAAAUGUACACUGUGGGUAGACAUUAAUGUUGACCAUAUGGACAUGGCUUGUAAGAUAUUUGCAAAGGACAUCAGGAUGAUGGAUAAAGAAUUGCGAACAUGGGAUGUUUAUUCAGGAGUAGAAAGUAAUGUGAAGAAUGUAAUAACAUCACUUCGUGCCAUUGGAGAUUUACAGAGCCCAGCUAUUCGUGAUCGUCACUGGCAACAGUUGAUGACAGCUACAAAGGUUAACAUCACAAUGAAUGAAACAACUACAUUAGCAGAUCUUAUGUCUUUACAUCUACAUAACUUCGAAGAUGAAGUUAAAAACAUUGUAGAUAAAGCUGGCAAAGAAACUACUAUGGAAAAAUUUCUUAAAGAUAUUAAUGAAACUUGGUCAGUUCAAGAAUUUGAGCAUGUAAAACAUUCUAGAACUGGUCUUACCUUAUUGCAUACUAGUGAAGAACUAAUAGAAAUAUUGGAAGAAAAUCAGGCUCAGUUGCAGAAUAUGUUAACUUCAAAAUAUAUUGAUUUCUUCCAAACUGAAGUAUCAAACUGGCAGAAGAAAUUAUCAAACACUGAUCAAAUAAUUCACAUUUGGAUGGAAGUGCAGCGAACCUGGUCUCAUCUUGAGAGCAUCUUUACGGAAUCUGAAGAUAUUCGUCGCCAAUUACCAGAGGAUUGUGAAAGAUUUGAUAGAAUUAAUGUUGAUUUUAAGCAAAUGGUUUCUGAAGUUGAGGUUACCAAAAAUGUAAUCCAAGCAAUAGAUCAGCCAAAUUUAUAUCAACGCUUAGAAUCAAUACAGAAAGAAUUGGUGAAGUGUGAAAAAGCUUUAGCAGAAUAUUUGGAGACAAAACGCUUAGCUUUCCCUCGCUUUUAUUUCGUCUCAUCCAGUGACCUUCUUGAUAUUUUAUCUAGUGGAAAUGAUCCACUUGCAGUUUGUGUUCACCUUGUAAAACUCUUUGAUAGUCUUGCUAAAUUAGAAUUUGAACCAAACACCAAAUGGGCAAAAACUAUGUUUAGCAAAGAUGGAGAAAAGAUAGAACUUAGUAAAUUGUGUGACUGCUCUGGACAGGUUGAAAUCUGGCUGAAUAAUGUGUUAGAUCACAUGAGAAAUACAGUACGAUUUCAGAUGACUAUUGCUGUGGCUGAAUAUGAAGAGAAACCUCGAGAGAGUUGGAUUUUUGACUUCCCAGCUCAAGUUGCUUUGUGUGGAACGCAGAUCUGGUGGACCAGUGAUGUUAACAUGGCAUUUGUUCGACUUGAAGAAGGUUAUGAAAAUGCUAUGAAAGACUAUUUUAAGAAGCAGGUCAACCAACUUAAUGCUUUGAUCAAUAUGUUAGUUGGAGAACUAAGCAAAGGGGAUCGUCAGAAAAUAAUGACUAUAUGCACUAUUGAUGUACAUGCACGUGAUGUGGUUGCAAAACUAAUUACUGCAAAAAUAGACAGUUCACAGGCAUUUACUUGGCUGUCACAACUACGACACCGCUGGGGUGAGAAAGAAAAAGACUGCUUUGCCAAUAUUUGUGAUGCUCAGUUUCGGUAUGGUCAUGAAUAUUUAGGAAAUACUCCUCGACUCGUUAUAACUCCACUGACUGAUCGAUGUUACAUAACAUUAACUCAGUCUCUUCACCUUAUCAUGAGUGGUGCCCCUGCUGGUCCAGCUGGUACUGGUAAGACAGAAACAACUAAAGAUUUAGGAAGAGCAUUAGGAAUCAUGGUAUAUGUUUUCAACUGCUCUGAGCAAAUGGACUAUAAGUCAGUGGGAAAUAUCUACAAAGGAUUGGCACAGUCUGGUGCAUGGGGCUGUUUUGAUGAAUUUAAUCGAAUCUCUGUGGAAGUUUUGUCAGUAGUAGCUGUGCAAGUCAAGACUAUCCAGGAUGCCAUCAAAGAUAAGAAGAAAGAGUUUAAUUUCAUGGGAGAAAAGAUCAAAAUCACUCAUUCUGUUGGAAUCUUCAUUACAAUGAAUCCAGGAUAUGCUGGACGAACUGAACUACCUGAAAACCUCAAAGCCUUAUUCAGACCUUGUGCUAUGGUGGUGCCAGAUUUUGAACUGAUUUGUGAAAUCAUGUUAGUAGCUGAAGGUUUCCUUGAUGCACGCCUUUUAGCGAGAAAGUUUAUAACAUUAUAUAGCCUUUGUAAGGAACUUCUCUCAAAACAGGAUCAUUAUGAUUGGGGACUGAGGGCUAUCAAAUCUGUUUUGGUAGUUGCAGGAUCUUUAAAAAGAAAUGACCGCACUCGACCAGAAGAUCAAGUACUGAUGAGAGCAUUACGAGAUUUCAACAUCCCUAAAAUUGUGACUGAUGAUUAUCCAGUUUUCAUGGGACUUAUAAGUGAUCUCUUCCCUUCCUUGGAUGUACCGCGGAAACGUAACAUUGAAUUUGAGAAGAAUAUAAAACAGGCUAUAUUAGAUCAGAAAUUGCAACCAGAAGAAAGCUUUGUUCUUAAAGUGGUUCAACUUCAAGAACUAUUUGAUGUCAGGCAUUCUGUAUUUAUUAUUGGGAAACCUGGGACUGGCAAAAGUAAAGUCUGGAAUAGUCUGCUGCAGACAAAUCGCAAUCAGCAGUUAAAACCUAUAGCCAUAGAUUUAGAUCCAAAAGCAGUAACGAAUGAUGAACUCUUUGGUGUCAUUAACCCAGCAACACGAGAAUGGAAAGAUGGACUUUUUUCUGUGAUCAUGCGAGAUUUAGCUACAAUGUCAGGAACAGGACCCAAAUGGAUUAUUUUGGAUGGAGACAUUGAUCCCAUGUGGAUAGAAUCUCUAAAUACAGUUAUGGAUGACAAUAAAAUUCUCACUCUGGCCAGUAAUGAAAGAAUUCCACUGACUCCAUCUAUGCGUCUACUGUUUGAAAUUAGUCAUCUGAAAACAGCAACACCUGCAACAGUUUCCAGGGCAGGAAUCCUUUAUAUUAACCCUCAGGAUCUUGGCUGGAAUCCCUAUGUUCAAAGUUGGGUUGAUGCUAGAGAAAUACAAUCAGAGAAAGCCAUUUUGACAAUACUUUUUGAUAAAUAUAUACCUCCUUGCUUGGAUAUUUUGCGAAUUCGUUUUAAAAAAAUUAUUCCAAUCACAGAAUUUAGUCAUGUGCAAAUGCUGUGCUAUUUACUGGAAUGCUUAAUCACACCAGAAAAUGUACCACCAGAUUCAACCAAAGAAGUCUAUGAGUAUUAUUUUGUGUUUGCAUGUAUAUGGGCUUUUGGAAGUACCAUGUUUCGUGACCAGCUUGUGGACUAUAGGAAUGAAUUUUCAAAGUGGUGGAUAACAGAAUUCAAAUCAAUAAAGUUUCCUGGUCAAGGUACUGUGUUUGAUUACUACAUUGAUUCAGAGACAAAAAAAUUUGAGCACUGGUCUAAGAAAGUGAAUCCAUUUGAGUUUGAUCCAGAUAUUCCUCUCAAGUCUACAUUGGUGCCAAUAACUGAAACUACAUGUAUUCGAUACUUCUUGGAUAUUCUCAUUACUGCCAAACGACCUGUGAUGCUUGUUGGUACAGCUGGAAGUGGUAAAUCUGUCCUCAUGCAGGAUAAACUGAUAUCAUUACCAGAAGCCUACAUGACUAUCAAUGUACCUUUUAAUUUCUAUACAACAUCUCAGUUGCUGCAGGAUAUCCUGGAAAAACCUUUAGAGAAGAAAGCUGGUCGUAAUUAUGGACCUAUUGGCAAUAAGCAACUUAUUUAUUUUGUGGAUGACAUGAACAUGCCUGAGGUUGAUCAGUAUUUUACAGUCCAACCACAUACAAUAUUGAGACAGCAUUUAGAUUACAGCCACUGGUAUGAUCGAGUCAAACUGAGUUUGAAGGACAUACACAAUACCCAGUAUGUUGCUUGCAUGAAUCCAACAGCAGGUAGCUUCACAAUAGAUGCCAGAUUGCAGAGACACUUCUGUGUAUUUGCUAUCAGUUUCCCAUGUGAAGACUCACUGAAAACAAUCUACAGCAGUAUAUUAAGUCAGCAUUUAAGUUUUGGAGAAUUUUUACCAGUUGUUCAGAAAUUCUCACAAAAUAUUGUGAUAGGAAGCUUGGUCUUGCAUAGCAGAGUUGCAUCUCACUUCUUGCCUACGGCCAUCAAGUUCCACUAUAUUUUCAACUUAAGAGAUCUUUCAAAUAUAUUUCAGGGUAUUUUGUUCUCUUCCAAAAAUUGCUGUAAUACCCCUGCUGAAUUGGUUCGACUUUGGGUGCAUGAAACUCAAAGAGUUUACUGUGACAAGCUUGUAAAUGAACAUGACAUUGAGCAUUUCUUGAAAGUUCAGAAAGAUGUCAUUACAAAAUGCUUCGAGGACUGUGAUGCAGCUGCACUAAUGGCGAACCCUCUAAUAUUUAGUCAUUUUGCUACUGGAAUUGGUGAACCAAAAUACAUGCCUGUUUCUGACUGGUCUAGCUUACGAAAAAUCUUGAAUGAUGCCCUGGCUAAUUACAAUGAAUUGAAUGCUGCUAUGAAUCUGGUACUGUUUGAAGAUGCCAUGAUACAUGUCUGUCGAAUCAAUCGUAUCCUUGAGAUGCCACAGGGCAAUGCUUUGCUUAUUGGAGUUGGUGGUAGUGGAAAACAGAGCUUGUCAAAACUGGCUUCUUUCAUCAGUAAUUUAGAAGUGUUUCAGAUCACUUUAAGAAAAGGCUACUCUCAUGCAGACCUAAAAGUUGAUCUGAACCAACUGUAUAUCAAAGCUAGUCUGAAAAAUCUUGGCAUUGUCUUUCUAAUGACUGAUGCUCAAGUGGCUGAUGAAAUAUUUCUUGUUCUUAUCAAUGAUUUACUGACUUCUGGUGAGAUCUUGAAUUUAUUUUCUGAUGAUGAACUUGAAAUUAUUAUAAAUGCAAUGCGACCCGAAGUAAAGGGUAUGGGCAUGGAAGAUUCCAGAGAGAAUUGUUGGAGAUACUUUAUUGAUAAAGUACGGAGAAACUUGAAGGUUGUUUUGUGUUUCUCACCUGUUGGUGCUACUCUUCGAGUGAGAAGUCGGAAAUUUCCUGCAAUUACAAAUUGUACUAGCAUCAACUGGUUCCAUGAAUGGCCACAAGAAGCUUUGAUUUCUGUCAGCCAAAGAUUCCUCCAAGAAGCCAAUUUAUUAAGUGAAGAAAAAUGUCAAUCUGUUUCUAACUUUUUAGCUUAUGCUCACAAAACUGUAAAUGACAUAAGUGUUUUAUAUCUGCAAAAUGAAAGACGUUAUAACUACACAACUCCUAAAAGUUUCUUGGAACAAAUUAAACUCUAUGUAAAUCUUCUGAGAGAAAAGAGCCUCAAUCUGCAGGCACAAAUUAUUAGGUUAGAAAAUGGAUUAGAAAAGCUGAAUGAGACUUCAUCACAGGUUGAUGAUUUAAAGGCCAAAUUAGCUGAGCAAGAAAUUGAACUUGCUGAGAAAAAUGAAGAUGCAAAUAAACUGAUUGCCAUCGUUGGUGCAGAGACUGAGAAAGUUGCUCAAGAAAAAGCUAUUGCUGAUGAAGAAGCUAUAAAAGUACAGAUAAUUAAUGAAGAAGUGUCACAAAAAGCUAAAGAUUGUUCUGAUGAUCUUGCUAAAGCUGAACCAGCUCUUCAAGCUGCAAUGGAGGCUCUUGACACUCUCAAUAAAAAAAAUCUCACAGAAAUGAAGUCUUUUGGCUCACCUCCAGCAGCAGUUAUAAAUGUUGCUUCUGCUGUGAUGGUCCUGUUAGCUCCUGAUGGAAGGAUACCUGCAGAUAGAAGUUGGAAGGCAGCCAAGGCUACUGUGAUGAGUAAGGUGGAUAGCUUCCUGACUAAUCUGAAAGAAUAUAACAAGGAAAAUAUCCAUGAGAAUUGCCGUAAAGCCAUUCAGCCAUACCUUAAUGACAAAGAUUUCAAUCCUGAAUUUAUUCAUGCUAAAUCCACUGCAGCAGCUGGUCUUUGUGCAUGGGUAAUAAACAUCAUGAAAUUCUAUGAAGUAUUCUGUGAAGUAGAGCCCAAAAGAAUUGCUUUGAAUGUAGCAAAUGCUGAGUUGGCUGCAGCUCAGGAAAAGUUAGCCUUUCUUCAAGCAAAGCUUGUUCAAUUAGAACUGUCUUUAGCCAUUCUAACAGCUAAAUUCCAAAAGGCAACUGAUGCUAAACUAAAAUGCCAAGCUGAGGCUGAUGCUACUAAUAAUACUAUUGUACUGGCAAACCGUUUAGUAGGUGGAUUAGCUUCUGAAAAUGUCCGCUGGGCAGAAUCAAUCAAUAUUCUAAAAGAGCAGGAGAAAACUUUGCCAGGUGAUAUACUCCUUGUAUCAUCUUUUGUAUCAUACCUUGGUUGCUUCACCAAAUCAUAUCGCAUUGAACUCCUUGAAAAAACUUGGAUGACAGCUUUAGGAAAUAAUAAAGAUAUCAUUCCAAUAUCCAGUGAAUUUGAACCUCUGUCUUUGCUGAUAGAUGACACAAUUAUUGCUAAGUGGAACAAUGACUGGCUACCAAGUGACAAGAUGUCUAUUGAGAAUGCCACUAUACUAACAACUUGUGAACGAUGGCCCCUUGUCAUAGAUCCACAGUUGCAAGGAAUAAAAUGGAUCAAACAAAACUUUGCUGCAAACCUAAAGACAGUUCGUAUUGGUCAAAAGGGUUACAUGGAUGUGAUAGAAGCUGCUGUUUCAAGUGGAGAUACUGUCCUGAUUGAAAAUAUUGGAGAGUCCAUUGACCCAAUUCUAAACCCUUUACUUGGAAGAAAUACAAUUAAAAAGGGUACUGCAAUCAAAAUUGGAGAGAAAGAAGUGCCAUACAAUCAGUCUUUCCAGUUGAUCUUGCACACAAAAUUGGCAAAUCCUCAUUAUCAGCCAGAGAUACAAGCAGAAACAACGCUGAUUAACUUCUCUGUCACACGUGAUGGUCUUGAAGAACAGUUACUAGCUGCUGUAGUAAGUAAAGAACGACCUGACUUGGAGCAACUGAAAUCCAGCCUUACUCGCCAACAGAAUGAAUUUAAAAUAACUCUGAAGCAACUUGAAGAUUUCCUAUUAGCCCGACUGUCUGCUGCAGAGGGAAAUUUCCUUGGAGACUAUACUCUUGUUGAGAAUUUAGAGACAACAAAGUCCACUGCAGCUGAGAUUGAAACAAAAGUUGCUGAAGCAAAGAUUACUGAGAAAGAAAUCAAUGAUGCCAGAGAGAAUUACAGACCAGCAGCCUGCAGAGCAUCUUUGAUUUACUUUCUCUUGGGUGAUCUCAAUAAAAUUCAUCCUAUGUACCAGUUUUCUCUGAAGGCAUUCAGUACAGUAUUUGAAAAGGCUAUAGAACAAGCUGAGCUCGCUGAAGAUGUUUCUGGACGAGUUGUAAACCUGAUAGAUAAGAUAACAUAUUCUGUGUAUCAAUACACCACAAGGGGAUUGUUUGAAAGAGACAAGUUGAUUUUCACUUCCCAAUUAACUUUCCAGAUUCUCUUACUAAAGAAUGACCUUAAUGCAAAGGAACUGGACUUUUUGUUGCGCUUUCCUUUUAUUCCAAACCUAAUCUCUCCUGUGAAUUUUAUCAGCCAUACCGGAUGGGGAGGUAUCAAGGCUCUGAUUGAAUUUGAAGAUUUUCAUAAUCUAGAUAAAGAUAUAGAAGGUUCAGCAAAACGGUGGAAGAAAUUCAUUGAAAGUGAAUGUCCAGAGAAAGAGAAAUUUCCUCAAGAAUGGAAAAAUAAAACUUCACUCCAAAAAUUGUGUAUAAUGAGAUCUCUGAGACCUGAUAGAAUGACUUAUGCCAUGAGGAAUUUUAUUGAAGAGAAAAUGGGAGUUCAGUAUGUUGAAGGAAAACAAGUUGAUUUUUCUAUUUCAUAUGAAGAAUCAGGACCUUCUAUUCCUAUAUUCUUCAUUUUGUCACCUGGUGUUGAUCCAUUGAAAGAUGUUGAAGCUUUGGGGAAAAAACUCAAGUUCUCAAUUGCUAACAAAAACUUCCAUAAUAUUUCACUUGGACAAGGACAAGAAGUAGUAGCCGAACAAGCUAUGGAUUUUUCAGCCAAAGAAGGUCACUGGGUCAUAUUACAAAAUGUUCACUUGGUUGCUAAAUGGUUGUCACAGUUCGAAAAAAAAUUGGAACAGUAUAGUCUUGACAGUCAUGAUAACUACCGGGUGUUUAUCAGUGCUGAACCCGCAGCAUCUGCUGACACUCACAUUAUUCCUCAUGGCAUACUGGAAUCUGCUAUCAAAAUUAUUAAUGAGCCACCCUCAGGAAUGCAAGCCAACCUCCAUAAAGCUCUCAACAACUUUACUCAGGAGACCCUUGAAAUGUGUGCCCGGGAAACUGAAUUUAAAAGCAUUCUCUUCGUCCUCUGUUAUUUUCAUGCUGUUGUUCAAGAAAGAAGGAAGUUUGGACCUCAAGGCUGGAACAGAUCUUAUCCAUUUAAUGUUGGUGACCUGACAAUCAGUGUCAAUGUGCUUUAUAACUAUCUUGAGGCCAACAAUAAAGUCCCCUGGGAAGAUCUUCGUUAUCUUUUUGGAGAGAUUAUGUAUGGUGGCCACAUUACAGAUGACUGGGACCGAAGACUAUGUAGAACAUAUUUGGAAGUAUACAUGCAUCCUGAUAUGUUGAGCUCAGAAUUAUUUUUGGCUCCUGGUUUUCCAAUACCACCCAAUUCUGACUAUAAAGGUUAUCAUGCAUACAUAGAUGAAAUACUGCCUCCAGAAAGUCCUUACCUUUAUGGAUUGCAUCCAAAUGCUGAAAUUGAAUUUCUCACUAGUACAUCGGAACAUCUUUUUAAAACUGUUUUUGAAAUGCAACCACAAGAUUCAGGUACUGCUGGAGGUGCUGGAAUUAGUAAAGAAGAAAAGGUGAAAAUUAUCCUUGAUGAGAUGACUGAGAAACUUCCAGAUGAAUUUAUAAUGGCAGAAUUAAUGGGGAAGGUUCCAGUCGAAGAGAGAACCCCUUAUGUUGUUGUGGCUUUCCAGGAAUGUGAACGGAUGAAUUUGCUGCUAUCAGAAAUAAAACGUACACUCAAAGAACUGGAUCUUGGUCUUAAGGGAGAAUUGACAAUCACCUCUGACAUGGAAGAUUUAAGUAAUGCUUUGUAUAUGGAUCAAGUACCAAAUGGAUGGGCCAAUCGUGCAUAUCCUUCUUUAUAUACUUUGACUGCUUGGUAUGCAGAUCUAAUCCAACGUGUUAAAGAAUUAGAAGGUUGGGUUUCUGAUUUUCAGCUACCAGCUGCUGUUUGGUUGGCUGGAUUCUUUAACCCCCAAUCUUUUCUUACUGCAAUUAUGCAACAGAUGGCUCGUAAAAAUGAAUGGCCUCUAGAUAAAAUGUGUAUUCAGUGUGAUGUCACUAAGAAAUGUCGCGAUGACAUGGCUGGACCUCCUAGGGAAGGAGCAUUUAUACAUGGCCUUUUUAUGGAAGGAGCCAGGUGGGACACACAAACUGGGAUGAUUGGAGAGUCUCUAUUGAAAGAACUCACACCUAUGUUGCCAAUUGUUUUCCUCAAAGCUAUUCCAGUAGAUAGACAAGAAACAAAGAAUAUUUAUCAGUGUCCUGUGUACAAAACUAAACAACGAGGCCCAACAUUUGUAUGGACAUUCAACUUGAAGACUAAAGAGAAAUCCAGCAAAUGGAUACUUGGUGGAGUUUGUUUGUUGCUACAAGUUUAAUAUAUGAUAUUUUUUGCUAUAAAGAUUCAUUAAAACAAAAUUAAUGACAUUUGUGUUAGUCAUUAGUAAUAA